ACCUUACAAAGUGAAUUGUUUGUAUAUUUAUUGCUCUCAAGCUUGUAGAAGCUACAAAUACAAAGUAUAAUUGGUUCUGACUCCCUAUGAAUACCAGCCAUAUUGCUGACAUUCCCAAGUCACUGAUUGGUCAGGAGAAGUGUGAUUUUUUCUGCAGCUGAACAGUUCUUCGACAUCCCUCAGUGUCCAUCUCACCCUAUGCAAAAAUACAGUACACAUAAAGGGUCCUAAAUCUGGAUUUCAUUGCCUAAACCAGCAAAAGGUCCCCUGCCUGCCAAUCAAUUUAAGGUUAUACUUAAAAAUCAUCUCAUCAUACUGACACUAUUCUAAAUCAUUCAACCAGUGACCUGUGGCCAGGCGGUAAAAGCUCUCGCUUCAUGCAGCGAAGGUCCAGGUGCAAUUCCCAGCGAGGGUUGAAAUAUUGGGCGUCUUUCCUUACACCGGUUGUCUAUGUUCACCCAUCAGUAAAAUGGGUACCUGGGUGUUAGUCGGCUGGUGUGCGUCGCAUCCCAGGACAAAAUUGACCUAAUUUGCCCAAAAUGCUCUGCAUAACAAGUGGCUUUCUAUAUAAUACCCCAGCUUGGGCAGUAUUUACUUCCUGCAUGAGAAGAAGAAAGAUUCAGUAUAGCUUUGGCUGUGGUGCCUCUUUAAACAACAACAAAAAUAACAAUGGCUUCAAGACAUGCUAAUGAUUUACUCUUUGCAUUUCUCCUUGCUGAAGAAGAAGAUGCAGUAGAAAGUGCCUAUGAGGCUCUGAAUUCCCACAAGCAAAGUAAAAUUAAAAAAAGUUUUUAUACCAGGUCUAUCAAGAGAGAAAAGUUAUUACAUGCUGACCCCGUACAGCACCUUGAUGAAAGUCAGAUUGUCAUCAAAACAGAGGAGCCGGAGAACAGGAGACGUCGCAAGGGUGGUCGCAGUGCUGAAAAUUAUUUGCAGAAGGGGGGCAUGAUGGCUUUCUACAAAUACAAUUUGAGUGACUUUCGUAUUCAUUUUGGAAUGACAAGGCCACAAGUUGAGGAGCUGUUCACAGAGCUUCAACCUCACUAUCGAUAUGACAGAGGAACUAAGUUGCCCCUUGAAAAUGUUGUUUUGGCAAGUUUGUGGGUAUUAUCAAGCCAAGAGUCAUACAGAGUUAUAGCAGAGAGGUUUAAGACCAGCAAAUCUGUUAUCUGCACAUCUCUGCAUCAUUUCUGUAAUCUUGUAUCAGGAAACCUCGAGAAUCGAAUAAGUUGGCCCUGUGGAACAGCCUUAGUAGACACUGUCAGGGGUUUUGAAGAAGCUGGUUUUCCAGGCACUAUUGGUGCAAUAGAUUCUUGCCAUAUUAUCAUAAACAAACCCAAGGAUGUUGAAGAACCUGAGGCAUACAUGAAUGAAAAAAAUGUCUUUUGCACUACUUUAUUAGCAGUGUGUGAUGAUAAACAUAGGUUCACAUAUGUUAAUGUUGGACAUCCUGGAACUUUAGGUGAUGCUGAUGUUUUUAGGAGAUGUGAAUUGUUUCAAGCAUUCAAAGAUGCUCCUGAUUCUUUAUUGCCUUUAGAAUUUCUGCUAGCUAAUAACAUUUAUCCCUACCAUAUAAUUUCUGAUGUUGGGUUUCCCCUUUCAGUAUAUGUUAUGACUCCAUAUGAAGAUAAUGGCUACUUGACAGCUAGAGAAAUUCAGUAUAACAAAAGACAUUUGUCAGCAUUGAUGUUAAUUUCUAAGUCAAUUUGUUUACUAAAGAGUCGAUUUAGUCGUCUAAAGAUGCUACUUAUGCAACAUCUUGCACAGUGUAGUGUUGCAAUUAAAGCUUGUUGUAUUCUCCAUAAUAUAUGCAUGGAAAAUAGUGAUUUGGAAAUGCUUGACAUUGACGAAGAUGAUAUACCUCCUCCCUGUAGUGAAACAUGCAUGGACUCUCAGCCAAUUUGCAUUGUUGGGGAAGAAAAACGUAAUGCAAUUGCAGACUCUUUUAUGUAAUUUUAAUUAACAGGACCCUCAGAUUUUCUCUUGUUGCCAGAGAAGCUUUUGAGCUGGUUCCUCUGUGUUGUCAGAGUCAUGUGGAAAUUUGACAUAAUAACAUUUGUUGUGGCUUUUUUAAAAUAAAAAAAAAUACCACUAUUAAGUUAA